UGUUGCGGCGCAUCGAAAAACUGUGAGGUCUCGUGUGUUCACAUCGUUAUUGCACCUUCGAUGAAAAAGAAAAAAACAAAAUCAAGACGAAAAAUCCAAUCAAAAAAAUAGCCAUUUGUUAAAAAUUCUUGAUUUAAAAAAAUACUAGAUUAGGUAUAAUACAGAAUUUUUUUUGAGAAAAUAACAAGUUUGUAUGCCGUUUUCCGACGGGGCAAAACCGAUAUAUAAGAGACGUAUUUCAAAAGCGAAAAAAUUCCAAGAUUAAUCGAAGACUUUGAAAUUUUUUUCCAGCUGUUUAGACUUAUUAUGAAGUGGGUUUUUGACUGAAGCGUGACCAGGACCGAUUCACAGUCAAGCAGCGGUUUCCUUCUUCGCCCAUUCGGUUAGGAGCCUAAAAGUGACCUCAGACCCGACAAGGCUCUCCCGGUAAGAUUUGUGUUGGGUGUGCGCGCGGCUCGAUUAGAUUUUAGUGUCCCGUCUUCAAGGGUUUAUUCCUGUUUUUAGACCGAGAAAAAAAGGUAGGUAUGUCAGCCGACAAAGAGGAGUUGGUCCAGAGGGCGAAACUCGCCGAGCAGGCGGAACGCUACGAUGAUAUGGCUUCUACGAUGAAGGCCGUCACCGAAACCGGAGUAGAGCUCUCGAACGAAGAGAGGAACCUCCUAUCUGUCGCAUACAAGAACGUUGUCGGAGCCCGAAGAUCAUCCUGGAGAGUCAUCUCUUCCAUAGAACAAAAGACGGAAGGAUCAGAACGCAAACAGCAAAUGGCCAGAGAGUACAGAGAGAAGGUCGAAAAAGAACUUAGAGAUAUCUGUUACGACGUUUUAGCGUUAUUAGACAGGUUCCUUAUCCCCAAGGCUAGCAAUGCUGAAAGUAAAGUAUUUUACUUGAAAAUGAAAGGUGACUACUACAGGUACCUUGCUGAGGUUGCUACCGGAGAUACACGGAACGCUGUGGUAGACGACUCACAAAAGGCAUACCAAGAAGCUUUUGAUAUUGCCAAGUCGAAAAUGCAACCUACCCAUCCUAUUCGUCUCGGCCUUGCACUUAACUUCUCAGUAUUCUAUUAUGAAAUCAUCAAUUCCCAAGGCCGUGCCUGCCACCUGGCUAAACAGGCAUUUGAUGACGCGAUAGCAGAGCUGGAUACGCUGAAUGAAGACAGCUACAAAGACUCCACACUGAUCAUGCAGCUGCUGAGAGACAACCUGACUUUGUGGACGUCCGACACACAUGGAGAUGGAGAUGAGCCACAAGAGGGAGGCGAUAAUUAAACCACCAAAACAACUCCUCCCUUUCUACAUCCCCUCGACACCUUUUUAUCCUCAGCCUUUCCAUAAAAAAAAAUAAUAUUAAAAUAAAAAGCCAUAAGUACCACAAAUCAUUACCCUCAUUUGACCCAUUAUUCUCCACUUCUCCCAAUUUUCCUUAUGCCCCCUCCUAAAAAUAAAAAAAAAUCCCACUUUAUACUCUAUUACCCUAAAUUGUAAAAAAAAAAAAAAAAAAUUGUACUCACCGCAUUCACUUUUGCAAAAGCGACGUAUAUAAACCUAUGCCAAGCAGCACAAUCCCUCAGUUUGUUUCAAUGUAUAUACUAUAUAUAUAUAUAUAAAACUAAAUUUUGCUGGCCUUUCAUCUUUUGUUCAGUUUGCAUUCUUUUCUUUUUUUAAAUUAUAUACUUAUUAAAUUA